GGCGCUGCAGCUGUCAAUAGCAUAUCAAUGUUUUCUAAUUGGUUUUUUGUAAAUUCGAGAAUUAAUUAUUUUGGUGGAAACUGUGAUCACGCUAUGGUUUUAUGAUGUCUACAAAUAACUUAUCUUCUGUAUUAAAAUCAUGUUCUGAGAGUGAACUUAUAAAUGAAGUGGUGGAUACAAAUGUAGCACCAAAACAGAAUGAGGGAUCUCGAUUAAAAAGAACAUUUACUUUACCUCGUAAUCCAUUCGGCUCGAGCAGGCCCAGUUCGAGCAAAACUAAAACCAAUGAGGGUGAAAAAUCGGGAAGUGCAAGUUCCAUCACUGGUACAACGCAAAAAGAUGAAGGUGGCUUGGAGAGAAAAUUGUUUCGAAGGCCAUCGUGGAAACUGUUCCUGAAUAAAAUCGCUCAGCACAUGAGCACUGUAAACGUUUCUAGUGUGAAGACUGGCCCAGUUGUGCUGCACAGCGAUCGUGUACCAUGCAGCGGGGAACCGCCCUGGCCUCCUGGCACCACUCCCGCCGCAACAGGGAUCAAAAACCAUGGCAACACUUGUUACAUGAAUGCAGUUUUACAGUGCCUUUCUCACACAGAUGUUAUUGCUGAAUACUUUGUCCUAGACCAUUAUAAGGUGGAUUUGCAAAAAAGGAAUAAGAUUAAUUCAAAAAAGUAUGGAACACGAGGGGAAGUGACGGAACAAUUGGCAACAAUUUUAAAGGCUUUAUGGUCAUGUCGCUACAUCUCAGAUAUGAGUAUAGCAUUUAAGGCAGCAGUUGAAAGACAUGGUUCUCAGUAUAGAGGUAACAGUCAACAUGAUGCUCAGGAGUUCUUAUUUUGGCUUCUCGAUAAAGUACAUGAAGACUUAAAUACAGCAACCAAGAAGAAAUAUAAAACUAUCAAGAACACCGUUGGCAAAUCGGAUGAGGUGGUAGCGGCUGAAACUCUUGCGAAUCACGCGCGUCGUAACAGUUCCUUUGUCCAGGCUGUGUUUCAAGCUCAGUACAGGUCAGCCCUGACGUGUGCUAAAUGUGAGCGUACAUCUUGCACCUUUGAUCCGUUUCACUGUGUAAGUGUACAGCUUCCAACAAGGCCGGCAACCGCUCAGCCUUCACCUCUACCUGUCAAUGUUGUGUAUGUAAAUCAGCAACCGCGGCAGGUUAGGAUCGGUGUAGAGUUGAAGCCGAACUCAACCAUGGAUGAUCUCAGAACCGAGCUACACAAAGACACGGGAAUCGAUCGUGAACACAUAAUACUCGCAGAAAUUAAUGAAACAGGGUGGUGCAUGGCCCGCAGCGGCUGGGAGGCGGCGGGCAUAGACGCGGGUGCGCUGUACUGUCUCGAGGCGCCGCCGCUCAUCCAGCCCGCUACACCACACGCGCCGUACCUGCUGCUGCUGUGGGUCAACCUGUUGGACGGCGAGCGGUUUGGGUCACCGUACGCCAUGCAAGUUCCACGCGAGAUCUCUUACGAGGAUCUCCAGAAGCUGAUGCUAAAGGAGAUGUGUCAGAUCGUGGCAGAGCGCGUGCUGGAGAGCGCGCAGGGCUCCGACAUAUUCCGCGCGCGCAUCGCCGAGGCCCACCGCCCUAGGGAUCCCGCAUACUUGCAGCCAGAGCUCCCACAUCCACUGUUCUCUUUGGAUGUAGAACAAGCUCUGUGCGCGCAUGACAAGUACCCCCACCUGCGGCUGGAACUACUCUGGGACCCUGCCCACAGGGAUAGUAUAAUCCGUUCGUCGGGCGAGGCGUACGAGACGCACGUGUCGGCGGUGGGCGCGGCGGCGCCGCUUACGCUGCGGGCCUGCCUCGCCCACUACACGCGCGCCGAACAUCUCGCGCAGGAGGACGCCUGGCGAUGUCCCCAAUGUCAGAGGUACAUGCCAGUCGUGAAAACUCUUGGCUUAUGGUCGCUGCCGGAUAUACUCGUGAUACAUCUCAAAAGAUUUAGACAGCAAGCCAAAGGUCGAACGAGCACAAAACUAACGACCAUGGUAGAAUUUCCGAUCAACGAUUUCGACAUGACACCACAUUUAGUACAGCGGUCGCCUCCCAACGUAGAAUCACCGAGUCACUCGCGAUCACCACGCAGAAGACAUUCUAAAACCAUCACCAACCCGCAAGAGAACAUCUACGAUUUAUACGCGAUAUGCUACCAUCAUGGCGACGAUUUGGAAACGGGACACUACACGGCAGCUUGUAAAAACCCCUACGAUAACCACUGGUAUAAAUUCGACGACUCCAGAGUAACUCCCGUCGACGAUGAAAAUAUAAACAGUGAGCUAGUUAAUAACUACGCCUACAUGCUGUUCUACAGACGGAAAAAACCUCAAGUCACUCAUUCGUGUUCUUCGGACGAAAACGGGCAUUGGGCACUAAGAAUGCCCAAGUACCUCAAGGCGGAGAGUCUGACCGAGAUUACUGAGAUCAAGGAGGACACUAUAGAGGAUUGUAAAUCGACGGAGAGCGUCGAAAUCGAGACGCCGAACUCGGUAUCUCCAAAGAAGGAAAGCAUUGAAAAUAGUCCCGUGAAACAGGUUAAACUCGUCGAAAACGCGUCCAUAAUCCAAUCGCCGACGCUGCAGCGGCCGUUGAUAGUGGAAGUCAAUGAUGUCAUAGAGGAUUUAAGCGAUUACGAGAACGAAACGAGUUUGCCGAUCGAGCCGUACAUACAUAAGGACGUUCAUGUUAACCCUAAAAUGACGCCGAUAGACAGUCGGCGGCCACGUUCGGUAGAUUACCCCGCGCGCGGCAGUAAAUCUCCCUCAGAUAGAAGCUACGAGAGUUCUCCUCUAGUUACCAGCAUCAACGGUGUAGAAUACCAUCCCACGACGGAGGAUUUAAUGUUGUCAAUGUUCCAGGAGUCCAAGUAUAUAGUCCCCAGACAUAUGUCCGGCGAAUCUCAUUCGACGGGUGAGAAGUCGAUAUGGAAGACUCGAAUAUCCACAUGAGAGCAGGUGCCGCCGCUGCUCGUACAUAAGUACACUCUAUUUAUUUUCCAUUUAAUUUUAGAUCUGUUCCCUUGUAGUUGAUGUAUAAAAUAGACUUUUGACGUAAACAAGUCUAUCUGGUCAGUAGUCAAAGUUAUAAAGUUAGAAUAUUAUGUCAAAUUAAUUAUACCGAAUUAGC